CAAGCCACCCUCAUGGCCUUCAAGAUCGCCCAGGAGCAUGCUUUUGCGGAGCUUCCUCCGACGCACUCCUUCCGACUGGGACUCGCGCUGAACUUGUCGGCGUUUUGCUUCGAGCAUCUCAACUCUCUGGAUCGGGCUUGUUUUGUGGCACAGCAGGCUAUUGAUGAGGCACAGGCCAAAGUGGAGGCGUCGGGGAAGGAGCCCCGGAGGGAAACCAGCCGGAUCAUGGAGCUCCUCCGGCAAAACCUCGCGGUUUGGACGAGAAUGAGUAUUGAAUCAUCCCUCUAAGUUGUGAAUUCU